CAAGUGGAGGAGGGAAGGAGGAGAGACGCAUUAUUGCAGUAGCCUACAGAGCCACAGCACUUUGCACAAGACGCACACCGGAGAGAAAGAGAGGAGGGGGUGACAGAAAUCAGAGACAGCUGAUUUCACAUGACUGGACUUUUCUUUUUUUCUUUACCUCACCUUUAUUUUGAAAUUGCGUUAGCCAGAAGCUUUUUGGUAGAAGCAACUAAAACAAACCAGCCAAUCAGCGCUGCAUCUCUGUAAGGACUCAGCAUCUCUUGGAGGAGCAGUCCUGCAGGAGUCAAAACAUCCGUGGAUUUCCUCUGGAGUGGAUUAUCAUUCAGAAGUACUUUUCUCUUGAGCUCGCGCAGCUCUGCUUCACUUCCUGGUGAAUUAUUACCGACUCGUUUACGUGCAUCGGUAUUGCGGUACUUUGCUGACGACUAGCAGUCGCCUAUAAAUGCAUCGCUAGAAGAUUGGCUCCACUGCGCCACGACCCCCCCCCCCAUCUUCUGUUACUGUCUGCACGGCACUUUGAUCACUUUGUUCUCUGAAAAUUUGGACUUUUAUUUGGACCAUUGCCUGAAAAUUCCAGUCUCUCUCUUUUCUCCACAAUCUUGCAGUUUUUUUCUCUUCUCUUUAUUGUACUUAUCGGAACCUCCCUCUCCUGUCUCUCAGCCCGUCACCCCUCCUCCUCCUCCUCCGCUCCUGCCGUGAGUCACUUCAAACAGCUGCAUAGAAGAUGUCUGCCCCUGAUGCUGCACCAGCUGGAGCCCCUGGCGCUCCAGGAGCCCCGGGCCCAGAUGGAGCCCCCGGCGGCGGACCUCCCGCCCCACCCAACACCAGCAGCAACCGCAGGCUACAGCAGACACAGGCCCAAGUGGAGGAGGUGGUGGAUAUCAUGCGGGUGAACGUGGACAAGGUUUUGGAAAGGGACCAGAAGCUCUCAGAGCUGGAUGACAGAGCGGAUGCUCUGCAAGCUGGAGCCUCCCAGUUUGAAAGCUGCGCAGCCAAGCUAAAGAACAAGUACUGGUGGAAGAACUGCAAGAUGAUGAUCAUGAUGGGUAUCAUUGGAGUCAUUGUGGUCGGAAUCAUAUUCUUGUACUUCUUCUACUGAGCUCAGCCCAUCAGUACAGAUGGAUACGGACUUAAGAAUGAGAGAGAAGAGAGAAAAAAAAGAAACCCAAGUGUCCCCUGUUAUCCGUCCUCUCCUUCCUCUCGCCACACAGUCUUCCAUCAAACCAUCCUGCACUUAAACAUGACAGCAGUGUCUCUAGGUGUCUCCGCUCUCUUUGUCCCUCCCUUCUUCUUGCUUUCUUCUGCUGGUUUGGUCUUCGCUCACUCUCUCCUGUCUCUGCACCUCAUGUAUUAUUGAAGGACGCGGCAGGGCCGAGCGAAUGGGGAAGAAAGAAAGGGAAGGAGGGAUAGAGAAAAAUGUUGUGACACGGGAACACACAGGGCUGAACAAAGCUACGGGGGAAAUAUGUACGAUGUACAGAAGGUGAGUGUGUCCAGGGGGGG